GUCGUUUCCUCCACUUCGUCUUGUGGCAAUUCGCUAUCGAGCAGGCGGAUUGGAUGGGCAUUUGAUUUCUUGACGGGUUCCUGCUUCCGCUUUCCAUCAUCUCGAUCUUUGCCCUCUUCCUAGUUCUUUAUUAUCCAAUCCAUCCGUCUUCUUCGAGUUACCUUUUCCGUUGAAAAUUGCGAGAUCUUUUUGGCUGUUCUUGUCCAGUUUCACUAUCGUUCCUAAUCAAAGAUUCAAGUUUUCCAGCAUUUUUUACCUCUAUUGAUCAUUUGUUCCUGUUAUUGGUUAGCAAGUUCUGAUUGUUACCUGUGUUUCUGGAUUUGGAAGCUUUUUCUCCCUCUGUGGUUGCGGCUCGAUGCUGGGAUUGUGGUGUUGUAGCGGUGAGGUUUGAGCUGUUAGUAGAUCUUGGAUGCUCGUUGAGGGUCCCCCAAAUCGGAUGCUGAAGAGAGAGAUAGGAGGGAUUUGAGCGGCGGAUCUCAUGGGCAACACAUGCGUCGGGCCGAGCCUGACGAAAAAUGGCUUCUUCCAAUCAGUUUCAGCUACCAUUUGGCGCCCCCGAUCCGAGAACGAGCCUCUCCCCCCGGCCGCCGGCAUCGAUUCCCCAAAAUCUUCUUCGGUAGUCGCCACAGAUGCUCCCGAACCCAUCAAGAUCGGCGGAGCCGAUUCGAAGCCCUCAGAAGUCCCCGAAGUCCUCGGGAACGCGGCGCCGGCGGAUUCUUCGAAGAAGCCGAUCCAGUUAAAGAGGAUUGAGAGCUCCGCCGGCCUUCAGGCCGGAUCAGUGUUGAAGCGCAAGACCGAUAACUUGAAGGAGAUUUAUAGCUUAGGAAGGAAGCUUGGCCAGGGGCAAUUUGGUACCACAUUUUUGUGUGCGGAGAAGGCAACUGGAAAGGAGUACGCUUGCAAGUCGAUCUUGAAGCGGAAACUGGUCACCAAGGACGAUGUCGAGGAUGUGCGGAGAGAGAUCCAAAUAAUGCACCACUUGUCCGGCCACCCCAGUGUCAUCUCCAUCAAAGGGGCUUACGAAGACGCAGUGGCGGUCCAUUUGGUCAUGGAGCUGUGUGCAGGUGGGGAGCUCUUCGAUAGGAUCAUCCAGAAGGGUCACUACACAGAGAGGAAGGCCGCAGAGCUCGCGAGGGUGAUCGUUGGAGUAGUAGAAGCUUGCCAUUCCAUGGGCGUCAUGCACCGGGAUCUUAAGCCAGAAAAUUUUCUUUUUGUAAACCAGAUGGAGGAUGCUCCUCUUAAGACCAUUGACUUUGGAUUGUCAAUAUUCUUUCGACCUGGAGAAAAAUUCAAUGAUGUGGUUGGAAGCCCUUACUAUGUUGCACCAGAAGUCCUGAAGAAGUUCUAUGGUCCAGAAGCGGAUGUUUGGAGUGCUGGAAUAAUCAUCUACAUUCUUCUUAGUGGCGUGCCUCCAUUUUGGGCGGAAUCCGAGCAAGGUAUAUUUGAGGAGGUUUUGCAUGGAACACUUGAUUUUGAGUCUGAUCCAUGGCCUAGCAUCUCAGAAAGUGCAAAGGAUCUCGUAAGGAGGAUGCUUGUUAGAGACCCCAAGAAGCGGUUGACCGCCCAUGAAGUUCUAUGCCAUCCUUGGGUCCAGGUAGAUGGUGUGGCUCCAGAUAAGCCUCUGGAUUCUGCAGUCCUCACUCGCUUGAAACAAUUUUCAGCAAUGAAUAAACUCAAGAAGAUGGCCCUCAGGGUUAUUGCUUCAAACCUCUCUGAGGAGGAAAUCGCUGGACUCAAAGAGAUGUUUAAGAUGAUAGACACAGAUAAUAGUGGACAGAUAACUUUUGAAGAACUCAAGGUUGGAUUAGAAAGAGUGGGUGCCAAUCUUACUGAAUCCGAAAUUGUUGCACUGAUGCAAUCAGCAGAUGUCGAUAACAGCGGCACUAUAGAUUAUGAUGAAUUCAUUGCUGCUACAAUGCAUCUAAAUAAGAUAGAGAAAGAGGACCAUUUGUUUGCAGCCUUCCAAUAUUUCGAUAAAGACAGCAGUGGCUAUAUAACUGCGGACGAGCUACAACAAGCCUGCGAAGAGUUUGGUAUAGAAGAUGUUCGGCUGGAGGAAAUGAUCAAAGAAGUAGAUCAAGAUAACGAUGGACGCAUCGACUAUAAUGAAUUUGUGGCAAUGAUGCAAAAGGGCAAUGCUGGCUUGGGCAAAAAAGGAUUACAAAAUACUUUCAACAUUGGCUUUAGGAGGCCGCCCUAAAGCUCGUUUCGAAUGUUUGUUUUUUUUUUUGUUAAAUUUAUCGAAGUUUCUUCCUAGAUUUGUCAUUGUAUUUGUUGGGAGAAAUGGAAAAAAGAACAAAAUAGAGGUUGGGAGAAAGAGUAUUGUUCCUAUUGCAUUCAUAGAAUCCACACAGAGCUUGCAAUUACUUGUAAAGAUCCAUGGAGCUACUACAAUUGCAAUGAGUAUCAAUAACUGAAUUUUGUAUUCAUACGAUUAAUUAGUGGAUUCUUUUAUCUCCCAA